UUUUAAUAUAUUUUUUAAAAACAUUGAAAAGAACAUUAAGAUUUAGAGGCAAACUCCAGAACUGUAAAGAAAAAAAAUGAAAGCUAAGAAAUUCCGUGCUUUUGGAGGGAGAAUUCGUCCGCCUCCCCCAACCCGGCGGAGUCCCUUCGCUGAGCGGUGGGGGGAUGAGUGAGAGCCUUGAGCCUGGCACCGAGUGAAGGCAGCUAUUGUGGUCUCUUGGUCCCGGGCAGGGAGGCUAAGUGCCCAAGGUUGCGACCCGGCCUGAGGCCCUGGGAAGGAGAAGCCCAGCGUCCCCGCUGUACCCUCUGCGACUGGCCUGGCGAGAGGGGUGGAGAGUGUCAAAGGCGGAGUCGGGAGCUCCGCCCCUUUUCUCCUGCUCAGGCUGAGCUGCGGCUCCGCGUGGUUCUCACAACUCGCAGCUCAGCCCCAGUGGACGUCAGGCAGCUCCAACUGGGCCGGCGCUGCAGGAAGAACCGCGAGCCUCAAAGGGGUCGACCAGCGACUUCUCCCUGGAAAAGAGCGAGGAACGCGCUCUGCAGGAAGAACUGGACUCCUCCGGCCUCCGAUUACCAGCCUGAGACUGAGAGCACCGGAGUCCCAACCCACAAGUGAGCGUCCCCAGGAGGACUAGUCGAGGUCGCCAUCCCAUGCGCCAUGGCCGCGCUCGCCCGCCGUCUGUGCCACAUCGCCUUCCACGUUCCCACCGGGCAGCCCCUUGCCCUGGACCUGCAGCGUUUCUUCGGCUUCCGACCCCUGGCGGCGCGGGAGGCGGACGGCUGGCGGCAGCUGGCCCUGCGCAGCGGCGACGCUGUUUUUUUGGUAAACGAGGGCCCGGGACCCGGGGAGCCGCUGUACGGCCUGCACCCGCGGCACGCGGUGCCGAGCGCCACGAACUUGUGCUUCGACGUGGCGGACGCCGGUGCCGCCGCCCGGGCGCUGGCUGCGCGGGGCUGCCGCGUUCUGGUGGCCCCUGUUAGCGUCCAGGACGCGCAGGGCGCCGCCACCUAUGGCGUGGUCAGCUCGCCCGCCGGCAAUCUCAGCCUGACCUUGCUGGAGCGUGCCGGGUACCGCGGGACCUUCCUCCCCGGCUUUGAGCCCGUACCCUCCGCGCCGGGCCCCAGCUGGGUCAGCCACGUGGACCAUCUGACCUUGGCCUGCACCCCCGGCAGCUCCCCCUCACUUUCGCGCUGGUUCCACGACUGCCUGGGCUUUUGCCACUUGCCGCUGAGCCCAGGUGAGGAUCCGGAGCUGGGCCUCGAGGUGGCAGCAGAGUCCGGGCCCGGGGGGCUGCGGCUUACCGCCCUGCAGACCCCACCAGGCAGCAUUCUUCCCACCCUCGUGCUGGCUGAGUCCCUGCCGGGGGCCGCCGGAGGACAGGACCAAGUGGAGCAGUUCCUGGCUCGGCACAGGGGGCCGGGCCUGCAGCACGUGGGGCUGUAUACGCCCAACAUCGUGGAGGCCACCGAGGGGGUGGCAGGGGCCGGGGGCCAGCUCCUAACUCCCCCUGAGGCAUACUACCAGCAGCCAGGCAAAAAGAGACAAAUCCUAGCGGCAGGGCGGGAGCCUAGCCUUCUGGCCCGACAAGGAAUCCUGCUAGAUGGUGAUAAAGGCAAGUUUCUGCUUCAGGUCUUCACCAAGUCCCUUUUUGCUGAGGACACCUUUUUCCUGGAACUGAUUCAGAGGCAGGGGGCCACAGGCUUUGGCCAGGGCAACAUCCGGGCCCUGUGGCAGUCCGUGCAGGAGCAAGCUGCCAGGAGCCAGGAAGAUUGAGGAGGGCCAUAGCCACCAGUCCUGCAGCUCUGGGCUAGCUGAAGCUGAGAACUGCAGGAGGCGGAGCCAGUGAAAGGCUUUCCCCGGGGCCAGGUGUGACCUGCUCUUCAGUAACUGCCAGAAAUUGAGUCUCUCACUGGACUCCAAAGGGAGAACAUUUUUAAAACUAUAGACCAUUUCUUACAAACAACUUAUAUCUAAUACAUACACACAACAUAAGGAAUAAAAGAAUUUCAC